ACUAAACGUAGGGCGAUGGAUAUGUGUAAUUGUUCAUAAUCAUAAAUAUUUGACUAAAAUAAAGAUUAAUUUUGACAUCUUUCAGGAACAGUCCUAACCACUUUCAAAAUGGAAUGGAAUAUAUUAUUGGCCGUAAUGAAACAGGGAUGCAAAACCCCUUUCUAAUUCCCAAAUGAAGGCUUUUGACGGCCGGAUAGCUCAUUAUCCAGAUAUAUCGGUUGAUAAUUUUUUCGACCUCAAUUUAAGCUCCCAAUUAUACUUCUUAUCUCACAAACAUAUGGACCAUAUGAAGGGCCUUGACUCGGCCGAAUUCUAUACUCGCAUUUCCGAUAUGUCUAAAUUUGAUUCCUUCAAACAGAAGAGAUUGUUUUGCUCACCAGUAACUAAAACCUUGCUCUAUAAUGACCCCAAGUAUGUACAUAUAAGUGUAUUUUUUCAAGCUCUCUCACUGUAUCGACCAGUUUUGAUCAGGGCUCGUAUUUAUGAUAACAAUGCAAACAUUUGGGAUGACCGAUGCGAUAUAAGUAAAAUGCAAGGUAUUAUUAUUAAGGAAGAUGAAAAUGUUAUACCGAAUAUGGAAAAAGAAAAGGAUCAUGAAACCAUUGGAGUAAUCGAUCACGAGAAAAAGUUGAGAAGAUAUUAUAACAAAAAAAAUGACGAUAACGAAACAUGCAAGAAAUUAAGUGACUCCAAUAAUAACAAGUCUAGACAUUUGACUUUCAUGGUGACCCUAAUUCCAGCCGGGCAUUGCCCCGGUUCGGUAAUGUUUAAUUUUGAAAGCCCCCUCGCCAACGUGUUAUAUUCCGGGGAUUUUCGAUUUGGAGAAAAAUUUCUAUCUCUUAAACCCGGCACAUUAUUUGGGCUCGAUCAGUUUAUAAAACCUGGGAUAGACGCUCUCUACUUGGAUGCGACGUUCGCCGUACCGGAGGCUUCUUUCAUUCCAUCUAGAGAAGAAAGUUGUAGAGUAGCGGCUCAACUGGUUAAGGAUUGGUUAAAUUACGGGACUAAUGAUUGCGAAGAUAAAAAAUGUAACAUAUUUAGCGAUGAUACAAAUAGUGUUAACAUUAAGACAAAGCGAUUUGUUAGGCUAAAUUUACUUUACGACAUUGGAUAUGAACCCCUGUACGCCUCGUUACAUGAAGUUACUCAUUAUAAGGUUCACGUGUCGCCUUAUCAAUACGAAUAUUAUAGGUCCACUAAUGUGGCUUCUUAUCUCACGUUGAACCCUACGGUUACGCCUCUUCACGCUUGUCGAUUCAGGCCCUCGAAUAUUAAACAAAGCAACAAUAGUAAGGAAUGCAAAAUCGAGGGUUGUCAUGAAAAUAAUAUCAACCAAGAUGAGUUAAACCUGCAUCUUUGUGACUCAAUAAAUUCCAGUGAAAUCGAGGAAUUUAGCUCGAAGGUUUUGAUAAUCCAGCCUUCCGUCAUGUGGUGGAAUCAGACUUUGACCACAAAAAAAAUAUAUAGCAAAGUUCGUAACUUUUAUCGUCUUUGCUUCUCCAUGCAUCCAUCAUAUGGGGAAAUUUCAAAAUUUUUGGCAUUCGUCAGGCCUAAAGAGAUUUUCCCAAUAGCCAAACCCAUGAAUUGCGAUUAUUACAGACUUAAUCGCAUUCUCCAUAAAUGCGUAGACGAUGCCAAGCAAUUUGGCUUCGACGAAACAGGCACAAGUAGCAAGUUUUUGCCCCGGUCAUUUAUCAAGGGAGAACGACGAAAAAGGCGACUAUCUAAUGAUUUAUCUUCAUCCAAAUACUCGCAAGAAUCAUUUGAGCCAAUGAAUGAAAUUUUACCCUUUUUUUAUAUUUUCGAUGAACUUCCACCAGUUUCUUCACAUGAUGAAGAUAUAUCAAACGAGAACUCCAGUGCUGAAACGGGAGAUGUUCACGGCUCCUUAUCCAGUCAUGACAAUUCUAACGAUUCUCUCUUCUUAAACCAAGAUAAUUUUACAGAAGAAAUUAAUAUUUAAAUAAAAUUUUAAAUUUCAAUUUUUUGCAAUGAUUUCAAAAGGGGUUUUUAAAAUUGUAAACGGAUAUCAUUAAUAAUUAUUAAAUAUGAGAAUAUUGAUAACAAUUUAUAUCUAGAUUAAAUUAUUCAAAGGAUCCUACCAGGGAUCCAACCUGAACCAAACAGGUAUUUUUAUCCGAACCUGAACCCGAUCUGAUAUUCGUUUCGGUUCGGAUCCCUGAAUCCUAUUAUCAAAAACCUCGUUAAACUCAAUUCAGUCUUGCCUGUGAAAUAUUUUGUUUUAUAAAAUAAAUGAAUGAAUACCGCAAAUAAAUCAUUUUU